GAUGUAGCAGAAAUACAGAAAUGUCUUCUUGCAUGGUACGAUGCUAAUAAAAGGGAUCUACCGUGGAGGAGAAUGGCUACAGUAGAAGACAUUGACAGAAGGGCAUAUUCAGUUUGGGUAUCCGAAAUAAUGUUGCAGCAGACGCAAGUUGCAACUGUUAUUAGUUACUAUAACAAGUGGAUAAAGAAAUGGCCAACAAUCAAAGCCCUUAGUGAAGCAACCUUAGAGGAAGUCAACGAGUUAUGGUCUGGUCUCGGAUAUUAUUCACGAGCGCGGAGGCUUCACGAAGGUGUAAUAAAGAUAAUGACCAAGUUUAAUGGCCAUAUGCCACGGAAUGCAUCUGAGUUACAUAAAGAAAUUCCGGGUAUAGGACGAUAUACUGCAAGUGCUAUUGCUUCGAUAUCAUACGGUGAGGUAACUGGUGUCGUAGAUGGUAAUGUCAUCCGUGUUUUAUCAAGAUUACGAGCUAUUGGUGCUGAAAGUAACAGUAAAGUAGCUGUCGAAGCGAUAUGGUUUAUUAAUUCUGGUUUAACUUUAUUUUUCAUGGUUUGUAAUUACAACGCAAUACAGGCUGUCAUGGAACUGGGUUCGACGGUAUGCACUCCAAGAAAUCCGAACUGCAGUAGUUGUCCAAUUAAUGAUUACUGCUUGGCU